AAACCCGGUGGAUGAAGAUGGCGGAAGACACGUCUCGGUACCUGAGCGGGGAUUAUUACCCCCGCAAAUUCGGGCCCAAACCCGAUGUGGUGCCCUCAGGGGUGACCGAGAGGAAGAUCUCUCCAUUCGCCAUCGGUCUGGACAAGCCGGAUAUGGUGGCGGUGGACGUGGUGAAUGUGAAGGAAGAGGAAGGUCACAGGAGAAAACAGGAUACCAGUACUUAUCUUUUGGGAACUAUUCAUCCUUUCCACAAAACUCACAGAUCUCUAGGUGGAAAGUUUACACAAGAAUUCCUGCUGGUAGCAGCUGACAGACGGUCUUGGAAGAUCUUACUGUUUGGAUUAUUGAACUUGAUUUGCACUGGUUUUCUACUGAUGUGGUGCAACUCUACAAAUAGUAUGGCUUUGACAGCCUACACAUACCUUACCAUUUUUGAUCUUUUCAGUUUGGUGACUUGCCUAAUAAGUUUCUGGGUGACUUUGAAGAAACCUAGUCCAGGGUACUCUUUUGGGUUUGAGAGGUUUGAAGUAUUAGCAGUGUUCGCUGCCACCGUCCUGGCACAGCUCGGGGCUCUCUUUAUACUCAAAGAAAGCGUGGAACGAUUUCUAGAACAGCCUGAAAUUCAUACGGGGCGCCUCCUUGUUGGUACCUUUGUGGCCCUGUUCUUCAAUUUGCUUACCAUGUUGUCUUUGAAGAACAAGGCUUUGGCUUACGUCUCUGAAGCUGCUAGUACGAGUUGGCUCCAGGAACACGUUGCUGAUUUAAGCCGAAGUUUAUGUGGAAUAAUUCCAAGUUUAAGCAGUAUUUUGCUUCCGCGCAUGAACCCAUUUGUCCUAAUAGACCUUGCAGGAGCACUGGCACUCUGCAUCACCUAUAUGCUGAUUGAAAUAAAUAAUUAUUUUGCAGUGGACACAGCCUCAGCUAUAGCCAUUGCUGUUAUGACAUUUGGCACCAUGUAUCCUAUGAGUGUCUACAGUGGAAAGGUGCUACUUCAGACAACACCUUCUCAUGUGAUUGGCCAGUUGGAUAAACUUUUAAGAGAGGUCUCCACUCUAGAUGGUGUUCUCGAAGUGAGGAAUGAGCACUUUUGGACCCUAGGAUUUGGAACUCUGGCUGGUUCUAUACAUGUGCGGAUCAGGAGAGAUGCAAAUGAACAGUUGGUGCUGGCCCACGUGACCAAUCGCCUAUCCACACUUGUUAAAACUUUAGCUGUUCAGAUUUUUAAAGAUGAUUGGGUUAGGCCGUCGCUGGUUACAGGGUCAAUCCCGAGCAACAUACUGAAUCCCUUGGAUCACAUUAAUAUUCCAACAGUUUCAUCUGUCAAAUCCUUGGAUGAAAUAAACCCCAUCACCUCCACCCCAGCAAAACCAGCCAGUCCUCCUCCUGAAUUUUCCUUCAACACACCAGGCAAGAACAUCAACCCGGUCAUCUUACCUACUGCUCCAUCGACUAGACCUCAUGGUUUAGGGCUCAAUCAUGGAGUCAUUUCAUAUGGAGGCACUUUUAAUCAGGGCAUCGGAAGACCUGGAAUGGGAAUGACUCAGGGAUUCAGAACAGGAUUGAUUAAUAUUCCAAGUAGGUAUGGAACAGGAGCUCAAGGACAUGUUAACCAAUUCAGGUCUUAAGUAUACAACAGUGGUACGUGGUGCAAAGGUAUGCUUCAAGUUGAUUCCUCUUAAAUUAAAAAGUGUAGCUGAGGAAUGUUUUUUAACUGUGGAACAUAUUUUAUGUUAUUACCUCAGUAUAGUUAGGUGGGGUCAUUCCUGGACCAGUCAUAUUUUGGUUUCUUCAAAGUUUUGCCUUUAAUCAUGUAUUUACAAUGCUGUGAAUAUACCUGGAGUGUGUUCCACUAAAACAACAAUGUAAUCUGCUUUCUUAAAUAUGUAUGUUUCCUUUUCAAAGUGCUUACAUAAAUCACUUGGCUGAGAUUAUAGUUUUUGCCAAGGAUGAUCAAGAGACUCCCUAAUAUACUUGUCUCUAUAUCUGGCCACCAGACUUUGAAAGAUAGUGUCUUACUGACAAAUCAGUGGACCUCCUCUCCCCUGAUAUUGCUCUCCUGACCAUCUAAUGGUCUUGAUGAGAUCAGAAAUCUGCCAUUUUGGGAAACCAUGGUUCAUGAACAGGCACAGAGGGAUCCACAUCACUUUGAAAUGUGAUUUUUCAAGUGAGCUCAAUGAGUUACGCAAAUGCCUUUUCCUAAGCACCGCAGCAGUGACUUACCUUGUGAUGCAAGUUUUGUAGCUUGCAGAUCAAUUUCACAGUAGGUACUCUAACAAGCACUGCAAGACUGACAUUAACGGCACCAGUGUAGACUUCAGCCAUUUGAAGAAGUGUAUAUGACAUAUUAAUUCAGAUAAGGAAAUAACAAUCUUAUUGUCAAUUUUUGGCAAAUCACGUUUUAACCUCAGCACCUAGUUCUCAACAAAGGGCGUGAUUAUUGUUUUCAGUGUUAUUGAAGUUUAAAAUUAUACAUAUUUGCUUUGGAGACAAACUAGUCUUCCAUUAGGAUUAAUGGAUUGACAUCAUUUUAAGGAAAGAGUGAUCUGUUUAGCUAUGUUGCUGAACCCAGGGUAUCCUUGCAUUAUUUACAAUAAUUCUUUCAGGUAUUCAAGUAUAAUUAGUCAUUUUUGAUUGUGUUGUCUGGUUAUAUUAAUUAUAAGGACUGGACUGUCACUGUAAAUUUCUCUUGAAUAAAAGCUCCAUUCCUGUGUCAUGAGAAACAAACUGUAUAGCUGAUCCUUUUGUUAGGGCUUUUCUAGAGAAAUGUAUGUGAAAAAUAUUUUGUAUUAAAAGUACAAAUUUUCUUGUUACAAAUGUAUGCUGUAGCUGGCACUAUUAAUAUAAGUGUGAAGUGUUUGGCAUCAUAUGUACAAAACCAGAUUUCUAAAAAAAAUGCUGGCUCAGUUAUAACAAAAUCAGAUUCAGUCUGACGUGAACAUGUUAAAAGACUAUAUGUUUUAUGUGUCACCGUUAUAUUGACCAGUAAAGUGAAAAGUCAAAAUGACAAACCGCAUUAUGAGCAGCAGUAAAUUUCUGCUGAUUUGUAUUUGAUGCUGCAUUAAAAUAAUGAGGUUUUAAGAAGAA